AUGCCAAAAAUAAAAAUCCUCGACGGCGGCCUCGGCACCUCCCUUGAGCAAAACCACAACAUCAUUUUUAGCUCCGACACCCCUCUCUGGUCCUCUCAUCUCCUCAUCUCCGAUCCCUCUACUCUAUUGCAGUGCCAAAAGGACUUUGGAGAUGUGCCUGUAGAUGUCAUCCUCACAGCAACAUAUCAAGUCUCACUUCAUGGCUUCGCAAACACAAAAACUGCCGACUUUCCCAACGGCAUUGAUGCCUCGCAAGUGCCUCAAUUCCUCGAAACCGCUGUGAAAAUUGCAGAGGAUGCAAAGCAGCCUGCGUGUGCCAUCGCAUUGAGCGUUGGGCCCUACGGCGCAUGCAUGGUCCCAAGUCAGGAGUACAGCGGCAGAUAUGACGCCGCCCACGAUUCCGGAGACGCUCUGCUUGCAUGGCACCGUGAACGCUUAGAAGUAUUUGGCCUCAUAAAGGACGUUAAACAGCGGGUCCAGUACAUCGCCCUCGAGACGGUUCCUCGCCUGGACGAAGUCAUCUCCAUGCGCCGCGCUUUGAGUGCCGUCCCUGGUCUCUUUCCCGACCUCCCAUUUUGGAUCUCAUGCCUAUUCCCCAACGAAGACGAAAGCAUACCAGACGGGAGCUCCCCAGAAGAUGUCAUCCGCGCCAUGCUUGACCCUUCUCUCGCAGCAGCGGUACCAUGGGGCGUGGGAAUCAACUGCACAAAAGUAUGGAAGCUCGACUCUUUAUUACGCCGCUAUGAAGCUGCCAUUAAGAGUCUACUCCAGGAAGGCGUUAUAACAGACUGGCCGGCAUUGGUGCUUUAUCCGGAUGGGACGAAUGGCGAGGUAUAUAACACAACUACUAAACAGUGGGAAUUACCAGAAGGCGCCGAGCGAGAAGAUGGAAUUCCGUGGGAGAAGCAGCUCACAGAAGUUGUACGGGCUACAGAAGAGAGAGGGAAGUGGUCCCAGAUCAUUGUGGGUGGGUGCUGCAUGGCCAGCCCGAGUGAUAUCAAGAGACUUCAUGGCUGUAUAAACGCUUAAAGGUGGGCACAAUAAUUAAAUAUACAUUGGGUAGUGUUUUGAGCUAUAAUACUACCGCAAAUUCCCGUCUCAGAAUCCCAGACCCGAGAUAUCAACGCUCAAUGGCUUCCCAGACAACAUCUCAGCAACCACCUUUCCAGUCCCCAAGCUCAAACUAAUACCCCACGGCCCAUGUCCAGCCGCAAUAAAAACACCCCCUUCUUGUCCCUCCUUCAAAUUGGUAUCCUUCGCAAGCUUCUCGUUCGUCAAUCUCGCAAUAUAUGGUGUCCCCCUAUUCGUAACCGGCCUAAAACACAAUCCCUCUCGCACAAUCUCCAAAUCCUCUCCACCAGAAGUCACAAUCAGACGCCGCGCAAUAUCCUUCAGCUUUUCUAAAGGCUGACUUAUAGUAGCCGCCUUGAGAGCAGGUCCAGGAAGAGCAAGACCAGGGCUAUUCACGCCAGCAACGUAAAUCUCCCCGUUGGGCCGAGAGUAAAUUUCUGGUGAGUGCGCACCCAUCGUCGUGUAGACGGAAUGACAGGUUGUCACUUUGCUGGGAGCCUUCAAAACGAGGGAGUGCCCACCUAGACCCCCAAUGGGGAUAUCAAGGGAGAAGCGAUCCUUGAACAGUGUUUUAAAGACUUGGGGCGUCCAGCUUCCCGCUGCCAAAAGAACCUUGGUAGCCGGUAUCAAGAUCUCUUCCGAUGUCUCUGUAUUUUUGAUGACAACUCCACAGAGUUUGCUAUUGUCAUCAGUUUCCAGG